AGGGAGACACUGAGGACCACUAUCUACGGGGAGCCUGAAGGGACAAAAUAGUAUGAGAUUAAUUGUGAUGAACAGACCUAACUUUUUUUCAUAUCACUGACAGUAAUAAUAUCACAAUGACUGUUUUUUCCACUCUCGUUCAGCCCUACUGAGAUCUGAGUCAGUGGUCUACAGUUCUGUUCUUGUUCCCCUCACAGACUUUGGAGAGUAUGUAAAGUUUUCAGUUUGGUCAAACUUGGACUCUUCCCUUACAGAGAGCUGGUUUGUAACAGGGUGGGCUACAAUAGAAAGGGUAAAAGCUCAGAUGAUAGUCUCUACCCUACUGGGAUCCUAUUUUAGGGUCACAGAUAUGAUAGCAGUCUCAACGUCCUUAGUUAUGUAUUUAGGUCACAGCACUCCCUUUCCCCACCCCUGCAGCACGCUGUCACAUGACACCCAUCUCGUGAUGCAGCACGCAGCACUUUCCAACACAGAGCCAGGCGUCUGGCUGAACCAGUUCAGCCUCUGAGGAAUGUGUUUGUGUAAGUCUGAUGGCUGCACUUUGCCCGGCCCCUUUGCUGGGAAUCAUUACGACCUGACUCAGUGUUUCAGGGAAAACAACCUCCUGAGAAAGACAAAGACCUUGUUGAGUGAAUCAGCACAUGAAAAGACACAAACCUGGCAGGGUGAUCAGAGAGGCUUGGACGGGACGCUCAGUUCCACGUCAACAGAAUGGAUCUGGUCAAACAUUCAGGCGGCUGCCACUGUGGAGCGGUCAGAUUUGAAAUCUGGAGCUCGCCAGACCUCCAUGUUUUUGACUGCAACUGCAGCGUCUGCACCAAGAAACAAAACCGUCACUUCAUUGUCCCGAAGAGUCGCUUCAAAAUCUUGCAGGGGUCAGAGAAUCUAACCACGUACACGUUCAACACCCACGUUGCUCAACACACCUUCUGUAAGACCUGCGGGGUACAAAGUUUCUACUCUCCUCGCUCCAACCCCGAUGGAUAUGGUGUUGCCCCACAUUGUUUAGAUCCAGGGACUGUCCGCAGCGUGACGGUGGAGAAGUUUGACGGAGAGAAGUGGGAGGAAACUAUGCAAAGUCACAAGACCAUCAGAGACAUGUCCAAACCUGUUCAGAAAGGUCCUCCAGCAGAGACGCACAGCUGAGAGAACCAGAAUAACAGCUGAGAGGACCAGAAUAACAGCUGAGAGAAUCACAGACACACUUCCUGUGAUAGAGAAUCAAACAUAUUUUAAUCAGCAGGACAUCAGAGAAAUGGUACAUGGUCAUUUCAACAAUCUUUAGUGUUGGUUCAUAUUUACAGUGUCACGACUGAAGACAAUAAAAAGCUUCUCUGUCACGUU